GUUAAUUUCAGGAAUCCAACCGCAGGUGUCAUUGUACAACUACGAUCAUCCUCAGGUUCUCGAGGAUGAGUACGGAGGAUGGCUUAGUCGAAGAAUGGUGUAUGAACUACUGGAGAUUUCAGAGAUUAUGCGGAGGUGUGCUUCAGGGAGUUUGGUGACCGAGUUGGUCACUGGACAACAGUGAACGAGCCGAACAUCUUC